AUGUCGUCGGUUAACUCUUCGAAGUCUCAUCGAUUCGUUGAUUUUCUCCCUUCAAUAAGGCCAUCUUUUCUUUCAGUGGUGCUACUUUUUGCUUGCGGAUGUCUCUGGGUGAAGAAUGAAAUAACCAACGGGCGACUUAUAGCAUUGGAAACGCGCAUCAACAUGUCUCCAGUGGUUCUUGUUGAUACUGGCUGCACUACGGAAAACUGUGAAAGGACGACUCGUAGGCAAAAAGAAUAUUCCACGAGAUAUCUCUUAGGUUAGGGGUUAGAUCACUAGAGUAUAAAUAAAUUUCCCUUAUUUUUUUAAACUAAGCUUAUUGUUGGGGGAAUUUCAUAUAAGCCAUACAAGCGUGUGCGGAGCCAGGGGGAAUGGAUUUUUAGCUCCUAGCGUUUGGACUGAAAUAUGGCAAAAUUUUGUGCUUGUUGGAACCAGGGCCUGGAAAUCGGUACGCUCUUUUAUGAUGUGUCUCUUGAGAAACGGGUAGUGUUUCAGUUCUGCGGUAUGUCGCACACCCCCAGCCGACAUUUUCCUGAAGUUUCUAAGGGAGCUUACCGUAUUAUGUGGGCAAGUUGAGUGACCCUGUGUUCGAGUCUCAAAAUUGUUUGCUUAAUCUUGUAAGUUCAAAUCAUUGUAGCCUGCGUGCAGACGAUAACUAAACUAUGAUUAGUCCCGUCUGCGAAGCAGCGCAGAGAUCCUUGUUCUGGACCCCCAACGGACUCAACGAAUUACCGGAAGUACGUUUCGAAUUCCCCUUCAACCCGAUUGGCGAUCACGACAAACAAAACAAAGGCCUUUUUUAACUGGCCAAUCGUGGCGCGUACUCAAAUCUGGGUACACAGCUGGAAGUCCAGAACAAGGAUUUCGGCGCUGUUUCGCAGACGGAGUUAACCAGAGUUUAAUUUCGUCUGCGCGCAGGCUAAAAUCAUUGAAGAAUACGUGCAUAUUAUAAGGAUAUUAUGAGCAGACAGCAAAGCUCCAACGGCUUUAUAUAUAGUUUUCACAAUGACGUCGUCAAAUUGUAAAGUCAAAAUACCGAGGUUUUACGAAUUCUUAUUUACACUAGGUUGAAGAUAAACAAAAAAAAAAUCUUUGCACAAGUUUGCAUUCCCGUGGCAUAUUUCAUUUCGAACAUACAGCAAUUUGAACUUCCGGGUUUUUACAGUGCGUGAUGCCAAAAUAGGAAUGCUGUCUCGUUGAAAAAAAGCCUCUCCUGUUGAUUUUCAGGAGUAUAACCAUUUCAAGUAUUAGAAGAUAUGUUUAUGCGCACGUAUGCCAGUUCUGGAGUUAAAAGGAAGAGCUUUUUUAGAAAAAGUGAAUUCCAGAUGUUUUUGUUGAUUUCCGGCGGCCAUAUUGGUGCACCAAAAAUGUACACCAGUAUGGCGUCUCCAUACAAAGCUUUAUCGAGCUUUACAAAGGUGCAUGAAACGUUUCGGCAAAUAACUCAGAAACUGUGGGCCACAAAGACCUGUAACUUGGACAAAUCGUUUGUAUUCUAGUCUUUUAUAACAUUUGAUUUUCUUGGCUUCUUCCACUGGACGGUUUCCACUUUAUUUGUUUGUUGCGUGACAGUGAAAACGAUCUUUGUAUAUUGCUAUUGAAGUGGAUAAUGACGAUAAUUACAUGCGAAUAAGUCCUAAACAAAUGGUAUAUAAACGUUCAGCAGACAAUUCAUUGAAAUAAUAUGAAGUGUCCUCCGAUAAAUAACUGAAAAUCUUGUAAUCAGGCCAACGUUCAGUUUAACCAAUCUCAAAUCAGUUCGGACAGACUGAAUGUUUCCGAAUUAAAGAUCAAACUUUUUUUGUUAAAUUUGUUUUUCUUUCGAUUCCAUUUGAUUCUUUGUUAAGAUGACUAAUGAUACAUGACAGGAAAGGUUAAUUAUAAUUUUAUUUCCGCAUAGAGCUAUUUAUCAUAAUUGCGGCCUAUUACAGCGGUUACCACUAACACGCACCCUCAAAGGGUUUUUUCUUCGGUUCAAACCUGCGUUUUGGUGCACGUCAAUCAACCGUUACCGUGGUUUUUUACGCGUUGGCCUAGAGAAGAUUCUUUCUCCGUUUCUUGAGCACUCGGAAGAAUAUGUCGGCGUUUCAGCCGUUUUUGCAAUAUUUUGCUGCAGGAUCUGACACCGCUUCAUGUCAAGAUUACGAGGAGAAAGAAUUUGUUGAGUGUUUCUCGGAGGAACUCAAAUUAUCGACAUAUUUACACACUGUAAGUUACAGCCACAUAAGCUUUCUCAAUCGCUCGCAACUCGUCUGAGUUCUUGCUAGUUCUGGUUUCUAUUCGAUAACAUGCAGAAUUAUAAGUAGUAAAAUUCAUUUUCAAAAACAGCCUCCAUUCAGAGGAAACUUUUUCCUUUUUCGGUGUGAUAUCUUUUGUUUCUUUGAAUUUAUACUAGUUUCUUGGCAAUUCAGUCGUCCACAGCUCCCUUGUUUUCAUACAUCAAAUAAAUAAACAACCUGAAAACCGUUACGUAAACUAUAGAGAAUGUUUCGGCUAUUUCACUCAGUUGUUUUAACACUGUGUAAUGCUUCAUCUUAAUAAAAUAAUUUAAAAAAGCCGUCGUCCUUCGAAAUUAUUCGCCCUUCAUUCAGCGAUGAAGGAACCUUCUCUGUCAGAGCGCGUGGAAAACCAUGGAAACAGUUGAAUGACGUCCACGAAAACUCUGGUUUAAUCAGACAGAAAAAAAAACCCUGCAAAGGCGCGUGUUAGUGGUAACCGCUGUAAUAUAUAUGCUUUUAUAUGAAUGAAAAUUAGCCUUUCUGAUCUCGUUAGCAUGUGCAAAAUUCAAAAGAAUUCUUACUUAUAAACGAGGCUAGAAGGACUAAUUAUCAUACAGACAAAAUAAUGUAAUAAUAGGCCGCAAUUAUGAAAGAAGUCUAUACUUUGACCCAAAAAUGGGGAAAUGAGGAACUAAUAUCCUCAGCUACAAAAGGAAAUCACUUGCUUUUAAAUUGAUCCUUCGAAUUCGUCCUCAAAUAAUGUGCAGUGAAAUUUUGGCUGGAUUUUCAAAGGCUUUGAGAAAAUGACAUGGGGGGUACUGCCUUUUAUGGGCUAUAUAGGUAUGUGCUGCUGUGAAGGAUAUGGUUUUCAAGAAGUUUACUCUAGGAUAGGGUAUAUAAAUCAGAGCGUUUGGGUCUAGAAUAGGGUAUCAUUUUUCAGGAAACUAAUCAGUUGGUUGAAGAUUUUAUCUAGACUAGGGAUUGUGGUAUAAGGUUUUGUUUUGGCUAGACUGUGCUAGUGUAGCCUGCGAACGGCAGACGUUUCUUCUCGCUCAUCGCCGCUGAGGGACGUUUCGCGUGAAGGAGCGUCUGCGACUCAGCGACAGAAAUUCCAUACUGAUGACGCACAUCAAUGUUUACAUAAUAAAACCGGUAGUCAUGGGGUUCCACAUGCAAAUUUGUUCAAUUUUACUUUCCUCCUGGUCGAUUUUGGAAAAGUGUUGUGUUCAUCUGCGAAUGAGCUCCAGUAAACUCAAAUGCUUCUUCUAGAGAAGACUAUACUCCACAAAUAUUGACUGUUUUGUUAGAGAUUCAUCGUGUUUACAUUUGACCUUUGUGGCCUUUUGUCUUUUGUCUGUCAUUUGUCAAUGGUAGCUAGAACAAUGAAACUACUCCAUCGACCAAUUAGCGAUUCUGACCGGAUUCCGGACAGAUUUUGCGUCAUCAGUAUGGAAUUUCUGUCGCUGAGUUGCAGACGUUCCUCCUUGCGUAACGUCCCUCAUCAGCGAUAAGCGAGGAGAAACGUCUGCCGUUCGCAGGCUAGUGCUAGUGACCUCGGUAGUUUCUGGAAAACAGCUACUCUAGGAUAGGGGGGAUUUGGGGAGUUUACUCUAGUAUAGGGUAGCAAAAUUCAGCUGAACUAGCUCUGGUAUAGGUUAAGGGUUCCAGGUUCCCAGCGGCACAUCCCCACCCAGAAAUUCCUAAAGUACCCCCCCGCCCCUCCUGAAUGAGAUCCAGUCAAGUCAUGAAUUUGACACUCAAAUUUGAGUUCUAAUCUGCAAAUGACAUAAAAAGUAUGCUUUCAGGAGGUAGUUGGGCCACAAGCGUUAAAGAAAACAAAACGGUGGAAUUUAAUGCCGACGAAGACUCUAUCGUAUCAGCGGAAAUUUUCCCAGCACUUAGUUUACUUUUCUCUUAGCUUUAUCAGAUGAGUCAGAAGAUUCAAGAACAAGCGCAAAGUCAAGAAAUCGGAGACAGGUUUCGAACGUGACUUCAGCAACCAUCAAUAUGCAUGACGUGCGUCAAGAAAUCACCAAACAGUUUGAACAACUAAUGCCCUCCAAGUACUGUAAGUCACAAGAGAGGGUAUGCCCUGUAGGUCCCCCCGGACUUCCUGGUCCCAUUGGUGUACGAGGACCGCGUGGCAGGAGGGGACCUACAGGAAAGAAAGGUAACCCAGGUAGCUUUGGACCACCAGGAAAAUCAGGAAUGACUGGAUUUCCAGGAUCUAGGGGAGAAAAGGGUGAUAAGGGCGAACCAGGAAAUCCGGGACCACCUGGGAGGCCUGGAGAAUCAAUAUCUGCUCCACUAGUGAUGGUAUCACCUGCAAAUCACACUAGAGAUGAAGGAGGAAAUACGGCGAUUUAUUGUACGGUUGGAGGAAACCCUACUCCUACUGUCGAAUGGCGAUUCAAGGGCAGAAAGCUUCUGUUGGGAGCAAAGUAUUUGGUUAAAAAAGCGGAGCUGAUCAUCAGGAAUCUGAAGUACAGCGAUGCUGGGCAGUACAAAUGUGCAGCAAGAAACAUUCUUGGAUCGUCUGAGGCGUCUGGUAAUUUGAAGGUUCGAGGUAAGAAGAACAAUAAGCUUUACUACUUUGAAAAUUUAAAACCCUUUUGCAAGGCCGCUAAUGUGCCAUCAGAAUUUUUUCUUACCAAAGUCAGGGAUGGGCCAUGUUUCCUAGCUGAUUGCUUAUCUUAUUAAACGUGUUUUGCAAUUGGGUCCUGUUACAUUGCUAUUGAGGGAGCAUGAAGUCCAGGAGGGCGACUACCACUAUAUAAAGGGUGAUGGUGUGUGUUAAAAGGGUGCGUAAUAAUCGUAAGCAAUGGCUAGAAUUAAACUCUUGUAGGAGAUCCAUCAGAACGUAGUUCAAGCUUUAUUUGUCAAGUCAGAUAGUGAAAUAAGAGAUUUUAGGAAUAUUUCUUGCUGACUCUCUCCUCUUAUCAUUUUUCCUCAGGAACCGAUUUAUCGGCUCCUUGCUUUCUAUACCUUUGAUUAAUACAGUCUAUCAUUUAUUGGUGAACAAUAAUAAGGGGGGGCAGAGGGGAGGGGAGGGGGAGGACUUAUUAACUUUCCUCCCCUGAAAGGGGGGGGGGGGGCUUAUUAGAGAGAGGGGGAGUUCAUAGAGGAUUUAUGGUAUUUGUUCAAACAUCACCCUAAGCUACACCCUGAAUGGAUAAAAAUUCUGACGUUUCGUUCUUAACACACUGGAUGAUACCAGAAUCUUCAAUUUACCUACCCAAACGAAACGACGAGUAUCCCCGCCCCCUUGAUAUGGUUCUUUAGUUCAACUUGUCAGACUUGUGCAAGUCCUGAAACUAGUCAGCUGGCAUAUAUCGCACCAUUAUUCGUACGAGUUGCACCACUUGAAUGUCAUUUUCACGACUAACACAUGUGGUGCCUACUGGACGCGGGAAAACUCACAUAGGUAUUUCUUUUCAAGUGAAAGCCGCCGAUUCUGUGUAGUUUGGAAGACGGGUAAAAAUAAAUAAAUUAUAGCUUUUUCAAGCGACAUCAUAUUGAUUUUUCGUGUCUUAGGUCGUCCGAUCUUUACCAAAAAACCCGCAUCACUGGUCUCAAAAAUGGAAUCCACCGCAAUACAAGAAACUUGCCAGGCAGAAGGGUAUCCACCUCCCAAGCUGACCUGGAUCAGACUUGUUUCCCCUUUACCUGUUGGAAAGACCGACGUAAGGGAAGGAAAUCUCACUAUCAUGAAUUUAAGACCAAUGGACAGCGGUUUGUACCAAUGCGUAGCAACGAACAGCAUGGGAACCAAGAAGGCCACGAUGAACUUGGUUGUGACAGGUUUGUAUAGCGCACGUUAUGCCGACCUUAUAUAUCAUGAUAAAACAUUCUACUGAAUGAUUAGCACUUCACCAUGUUUAGACAGGCAAAUGAAACUUUAAAGUCUACGCUUGCAAAACAGAAAUUAACUGCAUGAUGUAUUCAACAGACUAAGAUACCCCUAAAUUUGCUGCUGAGUCUCCAGGUGUACAACUGCAGUUGCAGGUGUGUAGGGGCAGUAUCCGAUGACGUCAUUUUUCACCUGCAGGUGCAGGCGUGCGGUAUUGUUUGCAAUGACGUCAUAUUUGUCUCACCGUUCAUACCUGGAGAAACUAAACUCUAACUCUAAGAGGGAAGCAGGAUGGCUUAAAUAGAUUUCUCAAGUAUUUGUGCUAAAACGCUUGGACGUUUCGUUUAUAGUCGUAAUACUAUUUCGAGAGAGGAGAUCACUACUGAGUAAUAACCCGAUUUUCAAUUUUUUUCGUUAUCCACUCAGAAUUGUAAACGACUUAACGCUUACCCUUCACUCUCUUCCCGCGCACCGUUUCUGACGCCUCAAAAUGUGUGUUAUUAGUGGGCUUUUGAUUCGAGGACGAGGACGACAUUUAAUUUUAAGUUUUCUCGCCCUUUUCUUUAGAAAAUAACAGCCCGGGCAGCCUCAUAAUGUACUUUUUUCACUACCAAAGUUAGUUCGCUUACUUCCGUUGAAGGUAAAGCCCUCUCCCGAUCGCGAUAAAUGAUAAAAUUUCGAUUCUAACAUUUGAUAACUUGUUUUCGCCGCUAAGACGUUUCCGCUAAAACUGGUAGUAGAAUAACGAUGGCUAUCACAUUUUCCCGGCAAAAUGACGUUGGUUAGCUCGCUUGAAAAAAAUCUCGUUCUCGUCCUUGUCUUAAUAGAGACCUUUAGAUUCUAGAACGAGUACGACUAUGAGUACGAGAUUUUCUUAGUACUAAGUAGUGCUCGCGCGUGAACCAGCGUAAUUUGGCGGGAAAACGUGGUAGUCUUCGUCACUCUACUACGAGUUUUGGCGCGAAUGUCGAAGGGAAGGCACUAGAUAACAUCGACCUAAACCAGAUGAGUCAUCGAUAUGUCAGCGGCGUCUUACAAAAAUGAAUCCUCGACUUCCGCUCAUUUGAUCGAUCGCUGCGAGAAUGUUAAUUUGAGUUAAAAAAGGGUCAAUUUUUGACAAUAACAGUUCAUAUUACCAAAAACUGUUAUCUAAAAUAGACUCAGCAGUAUUGCGCCUAAUUAUGUGGCUUACGUGUGACAUCAUUUGAUGGCGGCUAAUAAUGAGAUCGCGGCAAUCCAUCGAAUCCGUGUUUCUUUUUGGUACCUAGACGCUUGUGUUUUCUACCCAAUUCGUUGUUCAGGUUUAAAAUGCUACACUUGUUUUUUCUCUUAAAGAAGGAAAGGGAUGUAGGAUGUUUCGUGUAACUGUUUACACGAACUAAUACAUAUGUAUACUUUGGGGAGUCUUACAUGAUCUUGGGGGCGGGUAAGCUGGAAGGUCGGCCAUGUUGCAUUAAAAGUAAUUCUGUUGUGGUUCAAUCCGUGUCCAUCGUGCUAUAAAUGCCCCACCUUGCACGUGCAAAUUCAUUGUGUGCUUUAACCCUGACUUCUGCUAUUUGCUUAUCUGGUACAAAAGUUAAAAAUAGUUUUGGAACGAAGCUAGCACUUAACGAAGGCUGAGAAGUCAUCAAAUUCUUUCGAAUAGAACGAGCAUUUUGCAUCUAGGAGUCUGGCUUAUUGUAAUAUGAAGACCACCGGUGAGUUUUGUCAGUUAUAUAAUCGGCGACUGAUUCAGCUUUUUGACAAUUUUUCAUCAUGCCGCAUCGCUAACAAAAGACAAAACUUGACAAAGAAAUUUUAAUCAAAACCUCACAUGUUAGAUAGGAUGAGUGCUCUUUAGGUCUUAUAUUAGGGGUUAAUGCUGUUCAAUAAUGUUUGCUUGAAUGUGUAGACAUUGACGAAUGCAGUGCUUCUUCUCCUGUGUGUGACAUUAAUGCCAACUGCUUCAAUACUCUUGGAUCUUAUUACUGCACCUGUAAGGCAGGAUACACUGGCGACGGAAAAACUUGCCAAGGUAAAACCAGAUACUUUAGCUAAUUUCAACAGGACCAGUUGAAUAUUUUCAUUAAGACAGUGCUUUUUUUUCAUGCUGUUCUUCUUAGACACUGACGAAUGCAGUGUUUCCUCUUCUGUAUGUGACAUCAACGCCAACGAGAGAUGUAAACUAAUCAGAGGCACAAAAAAAACUUGAAAAAAGGAAUCUUAAGCAAAAACUCAUGUUAGAUAGGAAUGAGUACUCUUUGUGUCACAUCAUUCGGGAUUAAUGCCUUUCAUUAAUGUUUUUUUGUCCAGACAUUGAUGAAUGCAGUGCUUCUUCUCCGGUAUGUGAUAAUAUAUAGAUUUAGCCAGGGCUAAAAGCGAAGCUCCCGUUCAUAAAUUCAUAAUUUAAAUCAAACAAUAAACUUGUAAUCCGCAGAUCAGGGCACAUUCAUUUGACGUUUGAGGCAAAGGCUAAGUGAUUUUAGAGAAAAAUAAUUUGACAGUCCAAGAGUGAAACAGCUUUUACAUCGAGUUAUUAAAUAAUCUUAUUUGUACACCCAAAAAUAGCAAUCAUGUUCGAUCACAGUAGAUUAGGCCUGGAAAACAAAUAGACCUACCUAUUCGUGUAUUGUAUUUGCAUUAGCUGUUGAAUCAUAAUGUGGCAUUCACCACUCUCUCCAACAUUGCUCCGUUUGAGAGACUAUGGAUAAUUGGACAACCCCGAAAUAUAAUUUUAAGAAACACAGGCGCCACGAUAGUCCUUGGUGGCAGCCAAUUUACACGUUGCAUUCCUCUGUCUAAAAGAGAGGCCAAAAUAAAAAAUCAGGCCGGAUUUUUUGUGUUCGACAAGUUUAGUUUACUAGUAAAUCUUGGCGACGAAUCUGGUGGAGUGUGGUAAACAGUACUAUGAGGCCCUUGUUUUUAUCAUACAGACCUCGGACAGAAUUUGUUCUUUUUUGCCCUAUUUAAACCUAUAAUUCUGCAGUUUUUCACAAUUUUGCAAGAGAAUUUGCACUCAUUCAAUAUCCACGACGAUCAAAGCACGCGCUUCCUUUGCACAACAAAUUAUAGCAUUGAAUUAUAAAACGUUUUCAUGAAGAGAAUUCUAUAAUGCCAGGACUUUCAGUUAGAAAAAUCUGGUCCUAUGUGAUAUGCAGGGUAAAAUGGGCUUUUAAUGAAAACGAUAAAAAAAUUCCCAAAAUCACUUUUCGGCCAGCCGGACGGGGCUCACUUUUGACAGGCACUAAAUUUUCAGUGCGAUUAAUAGAGUUACCAUUUACGCUUCAACAUGAUAGAUAAAUUGUAUGUUUAGGUUUUAUUUCCCUUUAUUUAUUAAACUGCGGACGGUUUUGUUAUGUGUAAUCUUUAAAAGCGAGUGAUAUUUACGCGCGGCGUUUUGAGUAUUCCUGCAUGAGAUGUUUAUGUUCGACUGGAUACAACCGGUGCAGCGAUAAAAAUUGCGAGAGGGACUACUAACAAUCAAUAAAAUAAAUAUAAUUCGGUGAAACAUGUACAGAGACAAUAAUUUUCAUUCACGAAGAGAAGUAUUGAGAGUAAAGUCAAGUGUCUUUGAAAAUCAUGAGUCAGGUAAGCAUAAGCUUAUUUAUGUUUUAAGCCGGCUUCCCGGUGUUUGCUCUUUUUCAAGAUGAACUCGAGGCAAGAAAAUCGCUCAGGGCUUUCUUUUUACAGUCAAAAUCAUAAGUAAAUAAUCUUCGGAACAUUUUCUUUGAAUUUGAGGUCAAAAAAUGUCUAAAGGCUUUUUAAACCUGAUACUAUUGUAGGUUAGAUCAUUGCUCGUAUAUAAACUUAAGCCGCAUAAACCAUACGCUCGACUUCAGGAAACCGAAAAAAAAAAAACACAUCAAAGACAACAAUUUCUCAGGCUUACCAGUCGAGAUGCUGCUUCUGAAGGUCAUCAAGUGUUCCAGAAUUUUCAACCCUCUUACGCCUCAAGCAAGGGCAAGUGAGUAGGCUCAUUUUUGAAAACGAUGCCAUCCGAAAUCGGAUUUCCAAUAUAAUGACUUUGACAAGCGGUGCAUUUGUCAACAAAGAGCGCAAUAAAAAAACCAGCCAUGAAUUACACAACAAUCUUGAUAGCAGCUGUAUUUCAUUUUGUAAACCAAGUAGAAACAGCCAGUUUAAAACAUCACAAGAUGACACAAAACUCUGUAAGCUCCAGCUAUCAGUAAGCAAGUUUCCAGACGCUGCAUAAAUUUUCCGCAUGAACUCACCUGUCAAAUUUUGACCAAUCAGAACAUAAAAAUUGAACGUAGAGCGUGAUCAACGCGUGACAGUGAGAAAAGUCAAAAGUGAUUGCCUUCCCCGCAUGUAAAUGUAAAAGCCGGUUGAAUUUUCGCGUCCGAGGUCAGUUCGAAAUCAACAUUUUAAAAGUGCGGCUCAUGAACUCGACUUAUUUCAUAUGCUUUUAAAAAAAAUUGAACUUGAGCCUGCGAUAAUUGAAAAGUAGCAACCUGUCAGCGGAUACGUUAAAAAACACUCGAACUCAGUGGGUCGAUACCUGAGCCCGCGAUAGGGUCAGGCGAUACUGGUCAGCAGUAACACUAUUUUGAAUGCUGUCAAUGAAUCAAAACAUGGAUGUACAAUAUCAGGUUGCAGGCUCCCAAACUAGCUAGAAAGUGUGAGAUUAAACAUUGGUAUACCUGUGGUGCGGACGGACGGAAGGUCGGGUGGUCGGUGUACGGUCACGUGAUUGCCGAAUUUUCUAAGAUGGAUCGAUUUUCUAAGCUAUGGGACUUCGAAUUGAGCCCGUGAUCAAAUAAAAUAUCAGCGCAAAACUUUAAACACCAGGUGACCUCAAUGGAUAGGCUAAUGAGCUCGCGAUACACUCAGAUGAUGAUGGUCAGCGUAUACUCUAGUUUGACAGCUGUCAAUUAACCUUCAUUACGAUGGCGAAUAUUCGAAUUAACAGACUACGAGUGUGAGUAAGAUAUCUCCGUCCGGCAUAUAGUGGAAAAUGCCAGAUCGUGUACCUGAGCGAACCUGAGCCCACGUUAUUAGUUUUUUAAUAGUGGUCUGCACAUGUCCCAUUUUGACAGCUGUCAAUUGACCUUAAUUUGGCUUGCCAAUAUAUCUUUAAACGACUGUCAGCCAACUGACAGCCUUGCCCGGCGUAGUUUUGUUUUUAUGUUGAAUUUGUAAGUGUGACAUAUUAUAUCCGCUUAUAUGUAGGGGCAAAACGACUGGUCUUUCAUCUGAGUCCGCGAGAUAGUCAUGUGAUAAUUGUCAGCGGAUGCCUAAUUUUGACAGCUGUCAAUCUAAUCGUACUCAUACGGAUGGCUUACAUAACUAAGAGGCGAGUCAAGUUGUGCAAGAUCCUUCGUGACAUUUGACAUCGGCUUACAUGAAGCGUGUGUACGGGUGGGCGGGCGUACGCUAUGUCAUAACCAAAUUUUCUCAGAUGGAUAGUUUACCAAAUUUUCUUACCCAUGGUGCUCCGCUCUGCGCGCGCUUCGCGCGCGCGAGGAGCUCCGCUAUUAACGCAAACUGCUCCAAUACUCGUGGAUCUUAUUACUGCACUUGCAAGGCAGGAUUUACAGGCGAUGGAAAAACUUGCCAAGGUAAGUAAGAUAGUAAAGCUAAUUUGAACAGUCUCGUUCAGUUUAGUUCAGUUUAUUUCCAGUUAUAGACUUUACAAUUGAUAAUAACAAUUGAUACCAAUUAAACAAAAUACAAAAGAUUUAGUAGUACGGGCAAGUUUUGAAAGAAGUAAGUUUAGGGAGAAUUCGGUAGUGCUAAGACUGGAUAUUUCCAUUAAGUGGUUUUUUAAUUAAAGUUGUUUUUGUUAGACAUUGACGAAUGCAAUGCUUCUUCUCCUGUAUGUGACAUCAACGCUACCUGCUCUAAUACUCGUGGAUCGUAUCACUGCACCUGUAAGGUAGGAUACACAGGCGAUGGAAAAACUUGCCAAGGUAGGAGAAAAUACUUAUUAAGCUAAUUUGAAGGAAAGUUAGUUUACUGCAGCUGUACCAUCAGAGAUGGGGCAGCUCCUAGAGACGUGUGAUCAUGUAACGCUAUUCAGACUGGGCUUUUCUGGUCAAUCUGUGACUUGGUUGGGGGGGCUCCUCGGACCCCCCUCUGUAUCUCUGGAACCACUAAUGCUAGGGUCAUGAAAUUUACACACAAUGAUCAUCUCCGUACAAAGAAGCCCCACACCUAGUUUUGACUUGCCACGCCCAAUGAUGACGCCACAGUGACGUCAUAUUCCGAUUUUUCAAUGUUUCUUAUUAUUUUUCCACUUAGAUACGUAAAAUAUCAAUAAUAUUGGUAAAGUCAUCUCUUUGUUAUCCUUUCUUAUGCACUAGUAACAAGGAAACACUUGUACAGCGAGAAAAAGCAAUAGGAAGCAAUAAAAUUUAAAAUUUGAAAUGGUUGUCCACCAUCUUGGAUCCGUUAUCUUGGAUUUCCGUUUUUUUGUUAAAAUAAAAAUUUAAAGCAACUUUCAAAUGGGAAAAAGCUCAGAAUGUUUAAAAGAAGUAUCAAACUAAUGUUUAUUACCCAAACAAAUCACUUUGGAAGUGUUAUUUGGAAAAUAGAGCAGCAUAUUUGUCAAAGCAAAAAAGUGACAAAUUUUACCCCACCCCUCCCCCCCAAAUAUUCGAUGUUGAAACAUUUUGAUGUAAUUCAAAAACUAGUCUCAAGAAAAGACCAUUUUAACAACAAAAAGCACUAUAAGUGUAAAAACGCGAUCUUAAAACAAAAGAAAUCACCAUUUUUUAAAUUUUCCAAAACCUAUGUGUCAGAAACUGGUUGCCAUGGCAACACGAUUAAUCACAUGGACAUGGUAAUUAUACCAAAAUGUUGCUAGAUACAUUUUAGGAAAAGUCAGAAAAUUUGAUCGUCAUAGCUCUUUCGGUGUAGGAGUUAUCACGAUUUUGCCGGAGGGGGGGUUCGAAAAGCCCCAGUCUGAAUAGGGCUAAGAUGGCGGCUAAUCUGGUGACGUGCUGACCUGGAGCACAAAUUUCUUAAAUUUCAUUCUUAAUUUCAUCGACACAUUACCACCAGUAUUUGUGACUAUUUUACCUGAUAAACUGCUCCUGAGUAAAACUACCGCUGUGAAAAUACUGUACAAGUAAAAUAGGGCCUAUUAUGCACUGCAACGUCCUUGGUAGCGUGGACUUGGAUUAUAAAACGUCUUGAGAAGGAUCUUUCCUCAAACCCUUUUCUUAUACAGAUGUGAACGAGUGUCAAACAGGAUCAAACUCUUGCCAUGCUCAGGGUCAGUGUGUUAAUGUUCCUGGCUCCUACUCUUGCAAAUGUUUACCAGGCUACACGGGCGACGGAAAAAGCAAAUGUGAAGGUAUAUAUUUCCACUUGGGAAAAGUUUUCAUCUUUGCCGGCUAAAAAACCACGAAAAUUCGAAACCGCAACCGGAAAAGAAAACUUUGAGUCAAAUCGAGGAGGGUCGCACUAGUAUUUACUAGUGGGAGUUAAUUGUCGUUGUUUUGACACAUUGAGAACUAAAGUAGGCCAGAUACCAGAGAACAUUAUCUCUUCGUAGUCCGAUCAUUUGGCGUAGGAUCGUUUUCCUCCUUUCCCAGUUUCAGGAGGAUGGGAGAAAUAAAGAAAAUAAAGUGCUUGGCUGCAAAGACUGCAUUUAGCUCGGAGAAUAACAAACCUGUGACGGUGCCUGGGUAGACUAUAAUUGGCUCGUCUGUAGAGAGUUCUCGUAAAAACGUUGAAAUAGCGAAGGAUUACAAGCUACAAAUUGGUCACGUUUCGCUGACAAGUGCUGACACUUACCGCCGUGAUUCCUAUUGUUUAGCUCGAGUUUUCCAAAAUCUGCCUGCCCCACCCAAGCAAUACGGCGUCUUUGAUGUUUUUUGCGAUUUUCAAAGUUUUUUCCAACUUGAAAACUUGGGGUCGCACUUGGCAAUGUGUCCCGAUGACAGAUGACAAGUGCGACCCAUGCCUAAGGUAUUAAGUGUCUUUUAUUGAAAAUUCCAGCUAUUGUUUAUUUUCUUGAAUCUAUUACCGAUUUCCCAUACAAUCCUUCAUGUUUAUGGCUAUUUUGGGGAUUAAGCAAUAUGAUACGAGACGUAUGACGUUGUAGCCUGCGUAGCAAGCGUUUGAAAGUGGGUGCAAGAAGCAGGCUAUCUGAGCUUGGGCUGCCUGUGGUCAUCCGGGUCACGUAAACUCAAAGUAAAUAUAUCACGUGAUGAGAUAACUUGUUUGAACGUGAAUUAAAUGUGAUUUAAAAAUCAAAUUUGCUUUCGCCUUACACUUUUGUGACAGUUCCUACAAUGACGGCGACAAGCUCCUGCUCUAAUCUUCUUACGCGUGACGCCAGCAAAGCAAGUGGUACGAUUUACUCAACUGGUAGCUCUAGCUCGACAUACGGUAGUAAUAUGGAUUGCCGAUGGAAUCUAACUUCGAAUGCAGUGAUUGAACUUUUGUUCUACGAUUUCGCCACCGAAUCGUCGGCAGACUAUGUAAGUGUGUACGAUGGUGACUCGACCUCUGCACCUCUGAUUGGCCGAUUUAGUGGAAGCUCCGUCCCUCCACCUAUCACAAGUUCGUCCACCAAGCUAUAUAUGUGGUUUACGUCUGAUGGCUCUUCAGAGUAUAGAGGAUUUAACGCGCGUUACCGUGGUAUUUUUAUUCGUAUUGAAGAUGAAUAGAAAAAGCGCUGUGAUCUUUACUAGCGGGCUCCCUGGUUGGCAUGACAAGAACUUCCCAGGCUUACUCAUGAAAAAGUAACAAUAAUCUAAGAAUAUUUAGUUUCGGUUCAACCUUGUGUGCGAAAUUAGACUUUGACUGUAUAUCUAGGUGGAGUUUGAAAACGUUAGCCAAGAAACUAUCUCCAAAGUAGCCAAUAUAAAAGCUAGGUGCUUUUUUCUCUUUUCCUCCUUUCUUUCUCCUCGCUCUUGCUAUUCUCAAGUAGAUUAAAGCCUAGGUCUAAUUGGCUUACGUUUGGAAAAUGAUUAAUUGGCUGUUACUUCGGCACAGAGGAUGGAGGGCAAUCAAAAUUUGGCGCACAUAAAAAAGAACCUCAUCGUCCUUAACAUAAAGUAUAAAUGUUGUUUUAAUAAGUCACGUGAUAUGUCACGUGACUAUUUUUUUUUCUAACUAGUAACGGGUUUUUUCUCACUCUUACUAAAUAUUUCUAACACUCAAAGUCAAAGAUUAUUGAGAGAUUUUGCAAAGUAUUCAAACGUAUUCCGCAAAAUAGCAAGAAGCUAAUCUAGGCAGUCUUACACAAUUAACAAAACCCAACCUCGUCCCCAGGGCUUUUCCCUUAAAAAAUGGGUGGGGCGGGAAAAGGCCCUGGCAUCGGCUGGUCACGUGCACAGACUAACUAUUCAUGAGAAGCUAAUUUAUAUGCAACCCGCUGGUUUUGCGCUGACAGAAGUCGAACGGAGCAACAAUGGAAAAUAAUAAUAUCGCGAACUGCAUGUCAAUAUUUUCGCGUCUGUGCGAUUCAAAAGCUUAAGAUCCAUUUAAUUGCGUUCUAUUCAUUAGAUCAAAUGCUACAAGUUUAUGAAAGGGCGUACCGGCUCUACGUUGUCACGUACAAAAUAUGUCAAAUGCUUCAGAGUUGAGACAAGCUGUUAUCGAGUAGUCCUUCGACUGAAACUCAUCGUGACUGUGGAAUUACUGUACGAUCAAGCAGAAAGUGAUUGCGGGCCUUUGCCUCUAGGAUCUGUAGUGAAUUUAAACAAAUUGAACUUAAUUGAAAUAGAAUUGUUCAUCAAAAUGCUUUAUGGAGUCUGGUCUUCUCUACAACCCGACCAUGAAACAAACAAAUCUCCGCGCCGGAUGCAAGUCAGCUCUCCAGCCAGGAACGAUGACAAGUCGCCGAUCUGAAACAUUUUAAGAUCUCUUAUAUCUUUUCUCUUCCGAGGAUAAGUACAAAGGAUUUUCCUUAUGUCAAAGGGAAAAUUGACCGAUCGAUUGGAAUCAACUACAGCUCUGUCAAUUUUAAAUGGACCCAAGUCCUUCUUUGUUACCAGGCGUUUGAUACCCUGAGUGCCAGAAACUUUUCAUGCGCGGUUUCCGGUUUCGGUCAAGUCUCGCAGAGGUCAAUGAAUUUUUUAAAAAUACGGGUCAUACUAGAUAAGUCUAAACCAACGCGUGUCGCUAUGAUAUGGCUGAGAGUCAAGGUAAAUAGAACUAGGUUGUGUACGGCGGUCCACUUCGCAAGAAAUAAAUAAAAUAUCUAAAGAGUCGCGAAAACGGACUUUCCUACGCCAGUACAAAUUUUAUGCAUGUACGAUAGCUUGUUUGUCAUUUAUAUCGCUCUAUAAAGGAAGUUUUACAAAUGUUACCGCUCGCUGUCUCCUUCAUAGAAAUCGGAGGAAAGCAAAAAAUUACCAUAGCCAGUAUCUGUGACAAAAAAGAAAUCUUGCAAACUUUUCGUUGCUCGUCAAGAGAUAUAAAAGGCCGCCCAAGAUCGCGCGCUGUGAGGUUACGCAUAAUUUUAGCUUUUCACAUAGCGCUAAUUUAUUACACCCAGGAUUUUAGGGUGUACGAGUGGACACGUGACCAGCCUUUUCCCGCCCCACCCAUUUUUUAAGGGAAAAGCCCUGGGGACGAGGUUGAACAAAACCAUAGAUAAGCGGGUAGUAUGAAUGUAUAUGCGAAUAAUUAUAGAUCAUCGAUGUUAAGGACUGAAAGGAAGAAAGUGGGUCAAUAAAGCUGCUUUGGACAUACAUUUUGAAACUUAUUUAUACGGGUGGGUAUGCCAACAUAAUUAUCCUCUUCCUUCACGUUUGGAAUGAUUGUCCAUAACAAAAAAAAUUAUGAGGGAAUGUAUCUUAUUAUAUAAACACCAAUGAAAUAGAAAUACAAUUUCUCUACUGGUGUUGAAAAACAUUUCACUCGUUCGCUGUGCUCACUCGUUAAAUAUAUUUCUACCCACGAAGAGAAAUUUCGUAUCUCCUCGCGGCCAUGUAGUAUCCUCUAUAUUUUAAAUGCUCAAAAUUAAUCUUUAAUUCUUAGUUUUGUGAAAAAAAAAAAUUCAUUUUUUUCUAGGUAUCCUAGCGAGAGAUAUUCCAAUCAAUCGAAAACAUCUUUGACCCAGAGUGAGAAAACUUUGAGUUUUUCCUUUCCUUCCCCUUCGUUAGUGUGAUAUUCGGCCUUAUCGGACGAUUUUUGGUCCUUUUCCUGUCAACUGAUUGCAAAUCUUGCUAUGUUCGUGUCGACCUGAGCGACAAAAUUCCCCCCCAUCUUUGACCCCACGAGAACGGAAUUUUAGAAAGUGUUCAUUAUAACAAAUACGAUGUAAAAUUUUAAACUCACUUUACCUCUUAUUUAAACGCUAGCUGUGACAUCCGGUUCAGUUCGUCUCAGGGGUGGCACCCCAUCGACGGGAAGAGUUGAACUCUUCUAUGAUGGUCAGUGGGGAACAGUCUGCGAUGAUGCUUGGGACAUAAAUGACGCUAACGUGGUCUGCAGACAGCUGGGUUUCCCGCGGUUAGCUACUAACGCUUGGAGCGGCGCCCAUUAUGGUCAGGGCUCUGGUCCCAUAUGGAUAGAUGACGUGGCCUGCUCUGGUAGCGAAUCACAUAUCUACGAUUGCAGACACCGUGGAUGGGGAAACAAUGACUGUACACACAGCAGAGAUGCCAGUCUGCGGUGUUCUUAUGAUUCUGCUAACAUUCGUUUGGUGGAUGGCGAUGUUAAUUAUGGCCGAGUUGAAGUUUAUCACAACGGCCGAUGGGGCACAGUGUGUGAUGAUUACUGGAAUAUCAAUGACGCUAGUGUGGUUUGCCGUCAGCUUGGUUUCCCCAGUGCGUCUUCGGCACCUCGUAAUGCACGGUAUGGCCAAGGAUCUGGCACUAUCUGGAUGGAUGACGUCCAUUGCAGUGGAACAGAGACUUCAUUGUUUCACUGCACACAUGCUGGCUGGGGAAGAAACUGCUGCUGUCGCCAUAGCGAGGAUGCAAGCGUGGUCUGUAACACUUAA